AUGAAUAUAGAAAGAGAAACACACUCUUUUGUACAUGCAGAAAAGGUUAUAGGAAGAGAUAAUGAUAAAAACAAAGUUGUAGAUCUUUUGUUGGACUCAAAUGUUGAUGAGAAUGUUUCAGUCAUUUCCAUAUUUGGCUUUGGAGGAUUAGGAAAGACUACACUUGCUCAGCUUUUAUACAAUGAUGAGAAUAUCAUAAAACAUUUUCAAUUAAAGAUGUGGGUGUGUGUAUCUAACGACUUUAAGGUGAAAAUAAUUGUGGAAAAGAUCUUAAAAUCUGCAACUAGUAAGAAACCUGAAGGACUUGAAUUAGAUCAAUUACAAGAAUCCCUUCGAAAUAAAAUUAAUGGGAAAAAAUAUUUACUAGUUUUGGAUGACAUAUGGAAUGAGGAUCCCAAGAAAUGGGAUGAAUUAAAAAAUUUGUUAAUGGACGGAGAGAGAGGAAGUAAGAUAUUGGUCACUACACGUAGUGAGCAAAUUGCUAGGGUUACUAGUAAAAUUAAAUCUUAUAUCUAUCCCUUGAGAGGACUUGAUGAAAAAAAGUCUUGGUCUUUGUUCACACAAAAAGCCUUUGAAAAUGGGAUAGAGCCUAAAGAUUCAAAACUAGUAGAGUUUGGAAAGGGGAUUGUAGCAAAGUGUGGAGUAGUACCUCUUGUAAUAAUGACAAUAGGGCAAUUACUUUAUGGUAAUAAUAAUGAAGAUGAUUGGUUACAUUUCAAGGAUUCUGAAAUGUCAAAAGUGUUUAAAGAAGAAAGUGAUAUUUUGCCAUUGCUCAAGUUUAGUUAUGAUCACCUCCCCUCAUAUUUGAAACAAUGUUUUACUUACUGUGCAUUAUUUUCAAGAGAUUAUAAAAUUAAGAAGCAAAAAUUAAUUUGUUUAUGGAUGGCACAAGGGUUUCUUCAGGCAUCAAACAAGGAAUGUCUAGAAGAUGUUGGUAAUAAGUAUUUUAUGGCUUUAAUUUUGAGGUCUUUUUUGCAAGAUCCUGAAUAUGAUGAAUGGGGUAAUGUAAUUGCAUGUAAGAUGCAUGGUCUUAUGCGCGACCUUGCACAAUUAGUUGCGGGAAUUGAAUGCACCAUAGAAAUUGUUAAUAGGGUUAAAAUGUAG